UUGCAUUCAUCGAUUCUGUUGUGCAGAACUUAAAGGAGUUCUGCUUGAAUUUUUGAUUAUUGAAUUUUGAUUUGACAGUGUUGGGGUCAAGCUUUUGUGUGUCUGAAGCUUUUUUUGUGUGAUUAUCAAACUUUUCCAUUACGUUUUAUCAUUUACCUUUUUCUUUUCUAUUGGAAGAAAGGGGUGAUUCACUGAAUUAGAGAGCUGUGAAUCUGUGGCUAGUUAUCUCAAUCGACCUUUUGUUUGAUGGGAAGAGUGGAUAACAGGAAUUUUCUUCUUUCUCUGUGGAACUUGAGCUAGCUAAGGCCUGUGCAUGAAGAAAGAAGGCAUUGAUACCUUCUCUUCCAAAGGAAGCUUAUAUUGUCCCCGUGAGCUUCACUCAGUUGGGAAACUUGUGGGACUGAAAUUGGAAUUCCUACAUGCUUUGUGAGUGGACUCAUCAAGCUGCAUCUUUGCCUUCUACUCCUUCAGCAUGAUGAGUCAAAAAGGUCCUGAAUAAGAGGUUGCACAAGACUAUACCUGUGAGGAGUUUUGUAUGAACAUAAGCAGCAUAAGGCCAAGAUUACCUUAUUAGCACCCUGAGGGAAGGGAAAGAGGAAAGAAGGAAGUCAACUGUGGCAAUCAUUAUGGGAAAGAGGUCUCAAAGAUUCCCUACGCAGUAUGAGAAAGAUCAGUCAGGUUGUAUGUGGGGUUUUAUUAGUAUGUUUGAUUUUCGCCAUGGUCGCUUUACUCGGAAGUUGAUUGCAGAUAAGAGGCACAGCAGCAAGCAUGCUGUUGGUGCUGUACUUACUAAGAACAAGUUUGAGAUGUUGAGUAAUUUGGAUGAAGAAUAUCAAGGCGAUUUUGACAGAGGAGAGUAUAAGAGACUAACAGUGACAACUGAUGCUGAUAAGCUUAGUGUGAAGAAACUUAUAGAAGAAGAGAUGUGCAAUGACCAGGAUGAAAUAAAGGAUCAAGGUAAUGCUGAAGUAGAAUCAAAGCAAUCCAGAUUAGGGGGUGAAGACCCCCGGAAGACAGAUUCCAAAAGAAAAAAAAAAUCUCGCAAGAAAAGCCGGGAUAUGGACACCUGUGAUUUGAAUUUGGAUGCAACCUUGAAAUCUGAAUUCUCAAAUAAUCAGCAUUCAAGGCAACAGUCAAAAGAUACUCUUAAUUUGGACAAGAUAAUGGAAGAUUUUUGUCAUAUGAAAGGUGCUUGUUCUAUGAUACCUGACAAUGAUGGCAAAGUUUAUGCAGAAUCAAACCAAAAGCACACUAUUUCUGAAAACCUUGCAAGAGAUGCAAUCCAUGAAUUUGUGAAUCAGAUGAUAUUAAAUGGGAAAGAUCCGGCAGAGAAUAGAAAAUUCCUUUGCUCACAUGAACUCAUGGAAGCACUUCAGGUUAUAAGCUCAGAUAAGGAAUUGUUUCUUAGACUUCUACAAGACCCAAAUUCACACUUAUUGAAAUAUAUUCAGGAGUUGGAGAAUGUUCAGGGGACAUGUGACAAAGAAUAUGGUUCAGUUACUGGCUCCAACUUCUCUGAACAAGACCCUGGCAAUCUGAAACAAACUAGGGAGAUUGUCAACCGCAAGCAUCUUAACUUUUUCAGGAAAAAGGUAAAGUCUCAAUCAAAAUGUCCAACAAAUGAAAAUGGGAAAACUGAGUUUUCAAAUAGAAUUGUCAUUCUGAAACCUGUGCUAACGAGCAUGCAAAAUUCUGAAAGUGAAAACAAGUUUGCCUCAUCGCCAGAUUCUCAUGAUAUUGUCCAUUAUAAAGGUCCUUCUGUGAAAGCUAGUUCGCAUUUUUCUCUUACAGAGAUAAAAAGGAAAUUAAAACAUGCUAUGGGAAAGGAGAGACAUGGAAAUCCUGAUGGGAUCUCAAGAAAACUCUUGGCUGAACUGAAAAAUAAGGGGCCAGUAGGCAAAGCCAUUGGUAAAGAUAAUUUUGGAAUGCGAUCUCCUAAUAAAGACCAUUUCUUCAUUGAAAAAAUUGCAAGACCUAUGUCUGAUGUUAUGAAAGGAAACAAGACUGGUACAUUGAAAGAAUCUGAAUUGAAUGUGGAACAUGAAAGUGGUACUCCCAAACAAAGGGUUUCUAACAUAUAUAUUGAGGCUAAGAAACAUCUGUGUGAGAUGAUAGAUAAUGGAGAUGAGAACCCGGACAUUUCAAGCAGGCAGAUUCCAAAAUCCCUUGGGAGGAUACUAUCUCUUCCUGAGUACAACUUCUCUCCUCUUGGAAGUCCUGGAAGGGAUUUGGAGCAUAAUUUUGUGACUGCUCAGGCAAGACUUUCUACUUCAGAUAAAACUUGGGAGGUUAAUGAGGAUAAUUUGUCUCCCAAACAAGCAACUUUUAUUGGUCAUCCAGAUCAGGAAACAAACAAUUCAGCGAAGCAGACUAGCAUUUGUGAUGAAAGCUCUAAUAAUAAAGUACAAGAAAUCAAGUCAGAAUCUAAUUUCUCACAUGAUCUUGGUCAUGUGGAUACAGCAGAAGCCUGUAAUUCAGUUGGAGAUGAGAUAGUUACUGAAGAUAGUGUAGAAUUUACUAAAGAGAUUAGUGUUUUGGAAUCAUCCCCGGAUCCCAAUGGCUUCAUCACUGGAAAGGACCAAAAUCAUGAUAUCUCAGAAAUUCCUGAUGGUGCAAGAUGUUCUGAAGGUUUGAAUCCGGACAUAACAGAAGAGAACCAACCAUCAUCUAUACUUUCACCCCCUUCUCACUCUUCCUUCACUAAGAAAAUUGAAGAGCUAGAAAGUCAUACCAAUGUAUCUGGGCGACCAAGUCCGGUUUCUGUUCUCGAUACAUCAUUCUCAGACGAUGACUUCAGCCCUGAGUACUCCAGAUGUAAACCUGUACAAUCACUGCAAAUUCAAUUUGAAGAAUACGACUUGUCGCCUGUGGAUCAAUUUGAUAGAGGAAACCAUUGUCUCGAAGAAAAUGGAUUGAUAUAUGACUACAUUAAAGCUGUCUUGCAUGCCUCUGGCUUGACUGGAGAUCAAUUGUUGAUGAAAUGCCUUUCCUCAGACAAGAUACUAGAUCCUUCCUUGUUUGAUCAGGUAGAGUACUUCUCUAACCUGCUUUGCCAUGAUCAGAAGCUCCUAUUCGACUGUAUCAACGAAAUUCUCAUGGAGGUUUGUUGGCAUUACUUUGGGGUCUCACCUUGGGUAUCAUUUGUAAAUCCUAGCAUAAGGCCAACUCCAAAUAUGAAAAAGGUUAUUCUCAAGGUUUGGGAAGGAGUGUGCUGGCAUGUCCUUCCCUUGCCCCCACCACAUGCUUUGGAGCAAAUUGUUAGGAAAGACAUGGCAAGAAGUGGAACAUGGAUGGACCUUCGACUUGAUGCUGAAACAAUUGGUUUUGAAAUGGGGGAGUCCAUUCUUGCAGAACUGAUGGAAGAUACAAUAUUGAGCCUUGCAAGUGACAGCCCAGAAAGUAAUUGUUCUGUGCUUCAAUGUGAACUGAAGGACAGUGAGAGCAACAUCAACUUGUAAAAGACAACUCACUGCUUUUUGCUCAUGCAACCUUUUAAACAAGUUCCUUUGUGUGAGGAGGUGGAAGGGAAGUAAUGAAGUUAUAUAUCAUGCAGGGGAAUGGAAAUUGAUCAGGAAGAAUACUGAAGAGUUACAAACUUCUUUAAAGCAUCCUUGGACCUUGGUACUAUUUCUUUUCACCAUACCUGACUAUUCUGAUAUUGGAUAGUAUACUGUGAAUGAGGAUACUCAAAUAAGGAACCACAAGCCACAAGAAGUAAAUAGGAAGCCAGUUGUAAAUGCUUCUUGCAAAAGCACAAAACUAGGCUUUGUUUACAAUGACAAACAGACAAAGCAACAGUUUUAUUCAGUGUGUGACUCACUUCACCCAGGGAGGGCUAGAGGUGUUUUGAUUGUAGAUUUUGUAAAGUUUGAUUUGCUGAUCACCUUAGCUGGUGUGUUAUAAUUUCGUUUGAUAUCAUCCUUACUUCUUGUAUAUUUGUUUUUUUGGUUAACCUAUUGUAUUCACAAAGUUUGGAAAUAAUGAAGUGUGAACUCAGCUUGGUGU